UAUUUGUGAAGACUAUGCUAGGACAAGUAGGAGACCAACCGCUUUACAAACCAGGGAUUAGAAAGAAGAACGGUAUUUUGACCAGACUCAUCCUAAGCUGCGACCGCCAUGGCCGUCUCUGUGCGGGGCUUUCGUCUCGCCUUGGUGGUUUUGCUCGUCAGUCUUUUCGUAAGACAGGCCACAUCGACUCUGGCGGGUCAGGCCCUUCAGCUAUGGGAUUGUUCUCCGCCACACAGCAACAACGCUUGGGUGAUCGUUUCCGAACCGUAUCCCAACCAUCACAUUGCACGCGCGAGCAACAACUCGUUGAUACUGGACAUCGAUCAUUACCUGAACACUAGCGGAGCGGUGGUGCAACUCUUCCAUCCUAACAGCUUCGCCGGAGCCUACAACCAGCAGUUCUCCUACGAUAAAACCAAUUCCUACAUCCUAAGUAUGAUGAAUGGGCACUGCGUUACGGCGCAGCAGUUCGUACCAGGUGCUGGUGUGGUGAUGGAGAACUGCAGCCAAGCGCAGGACGAGUUGCAACGCUGGACCUACGAUGCGGAAACGAAGCAAUUCCGUCUUGUUCAUUCUGGUAAUCCGUCUUUAUGCCUGGAUGCUGGUUCGACGGCCAACUGCUCUGUGGAACCAUUCAGCACAUAUGCGUACUGUAACUCGGCAGCCUCCAUGGUCACUAGGAUUGAUGACCUAUUACCACGACUAACAGUGGCGGAGAAAGCUCAGUUUCUGGCGGCAACGCCUCACACAAACGGAGGCGUCCCUCGCCUGGGAGUACCGCCGUUUCUAUAUGGUGAAAGCCUUCAUGGAGUGAACUGCCAAUGUGGAGAUGCUGCCCAGGGUUCUACUGGCUGUCCAACCUCAUUCCCACAUGCUCUGGGACUGGCAGCAACGUUCAAUCGUACACUUUGGACAAUGGUUGGUGAGACAAUCGCAACAGAGGGCAGAGCAUUGCAUAACCAGGGAAAGAUAGGUCUGUCCAUGUGGGCUCCCGAUAUCAACUUGUUCCGGGAUCCUCGCUGGGGAAGAGGACAAGAAGUUCCAGGAGAGGAUCCAUACUUAUCUGCAGAGUAUGUUGCACACUAUUCACGUGCUUUGCAAGAAGGCGAAGACCCUCGCUAUCUCAAACUCAUCUCAUCCUGUAAACACUUCAGUGCCUACGAUCUAGAAAAUUGGGGAGGUGUUACACGUCACGCAUUCAAUGCUAUCGUCAGUGAGCAAGACUUAGUGGAGUACUACUGGGUACCGUUCCGCUCUUGUGUCGAGCGUGCUCAUGCCAAGUCAAUCAUGUGUUCUUACAAUGCCGUGAACGGGAUACCAAGCUGUGCCAAUUCCCUCUUCCAGAAUGAGAUUGUCCGUGAAGAGUGGGGAUUUGAUGGAUUUUUUGUCAGUGACUGUGGCGCCAUUGGCAAUAUCUACGCUAAUCACAAUUACACAAACUCCUCUGAAACAGCUGCCGCUGCCGGCCUCAAUGGGGGUACGGACACAAACUGUGGAAAGACAUACCAGAAUUCUCUGGCAGAUGCGGUGAAUGAUGGCUUUGCAACGGAGGCACAGCUUGACGUGUCUGUUCGCCGUGUGAUGGAGUACAUGUUUCGCCUUGGUUACAUGGACCCAGCCGAGAACCAGCCAUAUCUGAGCCUUGGUCCUGCCGAUGUUGAUACAUAUGAUCAUCGGCAAGUGGCACUGGAAGCUGCACAGCAAUUGAUCGUCUUACUGAAGAAUGUCAAGAAUACAUUGCCUCUAUCCCUUGCCAAGGUCAAGUCCAUUGCACUGAUUGGUCCGCAGGCAAACGCUACACAAGAUCUGCUGAGUAACUACCAUGGCCAGAACACUCUGGUAGAGGCACACUCCAUCCUAGCUGGAGUCACUACGCUAGCUGGUCAAUCCAUCAAGAUCAACUUUGUUCCGGGACUCGAAAGUACAUCAUCUGACGACACCUCCAAGUUUAACGAUGUGACCGCUGCUGCCAAGGGAAGCGAUGUUGCCGUGGUGUGCAUUGGCAUGACAACAAGACAAGAGUCUGAAGGACGCGAUCGAAAAGAUCUGCUUCUCCCCGGUGCUCAGCAAGAAUUAGUUGAUGCAGUUCUCAAAGUACAGCCAAACACUGUUGUGGUGUUGAUCAAUGGAGGACCAUUAGCCAUUGACUCCAUCAAAGAGAAUGUUCCGGCAAUCCUGGAAGCUUUCUAUCCCGGAGAACUUGGUGGAGAUGCUGUUGCUGAUGUUCUCUUUGGCAAAGUGAACCCGUCAGGACGCCUACCAACCACUGUGUACCCAGCUAGCUACACUGAUAGAAGCUAUUUUGAUAUGAACCUGCGAGGCAAUGGUGGCUGUACCUAUCUACAUUAUACUGGAGAUGCACUUUGGGAGUUUGGAUUUGGUUUGUCCUACACAACAUUUAGCUACAGUUGGGAGAGUGGCAGCAUUGGCGAGUCGGUUAUCCAUGUGGAUACGUCAACAGCAGCAUCAGUAGGAGAUACACCACUGAUGUACACAGUUGUUGUGAAGAAUACAGGAGAUGUAGCUGGAGCGGACAGUGUGUUGGGAUUCCUGAAGUCGAGCAAUCAAUCGGAUGCACCGAUUCGUGAACUGUUUGACUUUGGUCGUGUGUAUCUGCAAGCUGGAGAAUCAGCAACUGUGCAUUUGACAGUUUCUCCUCAGACAUUGUCCUUGACAGAUCGCGAGGGAGUACAGAGUAUUCGCAGAGGGGAAUACCGUGUGGAAGUAGGAGAUCUGAGAGGAAAAUUCAUCGUUGAUGGUGGGGAUGUGGAGCUGUUCAGCUAUCCUCUCGUCAAGGAACGGCACGUUACAAAGCUGAACCAAUAGAAGUUGUCAUUUUGACAACAUAAUAUAUUCGUCCAUUGCACAUUCUUCUUUCAUUCGCAAAACUAUUUAUUGGCAUAAUGGCGUACAAUGCAUGUUCUAGAAGUACAGUGUACCUCGAAGUCAGUUUGUCACUGAGGUGAAAUGUUCACGUAAAGUCGUUACCACCUGCUAUACAAUUGAUUUGUGUUGAGAAGCACAACCAACUUACAAGUAGGAAGUUUUGAAGUUGUGAUCUUACCUGCUGUAGAUAGCAAGCCAUGAGGCGCUAGGCCCGGCCUCAUCAGUACAAAGUUGUGAUCUUAUUGUCAUGACAAUGUCAUACAUUCACAGCUUAUUUUUACAUUGGUCGUUAUGUCCUGCUGUCUAUCGUGUUACAAUACAGAGUAUGCCAGGCGACCAAUGAUGUUCUUUGGUAUUUGACCUAUCCUGCCGUUCAGGUAUUUACUGCACGGUUUUGCAUUGUUCCCACCUGGUACAUUCAUUGUUUUUACUUCUUCUGUAGACAGA